AUGAAGAGGACAUUGCCUUGGAGUGAUGAUGAUGAGAGUGAUGACUCAUCGAAUGACGAGUCGUCGUCUUUACAUUCAGAUUCUGAAGGUGAUAAUGAAACUGGAGGAAAAAAAUCCAAAGUGUCUGUAGGCAAAUCUACAAAGAAGAAAAGUGCUCCAAUUGACUUUGAAGCUCUCAAGCGAUACGGGUAUAAAGGCGGGCCUUCAGUCUUAAAGGUACCUCCACCUAAAGAAGAUGACACAAAGAAAGAUUGGUCUUGGUCCAGUGGAAAAGAAAAGCGUAUCAACAAGGAAGUUGAAGAAACGUAUGAAGAGCGGAAGAAAACAAGAGAGGCUCUUUCCCUAGGAGAGCAGCUGCCAACUGUUCUGACUAGGAAUGAAAAGAAGAAUCUUUCCUUUUCUCAGAAGGAAAAGAGGAAAAGGGAGCUUGGUCAAGCAAGCAGGGGGAAAAACUAUGUUGAAGAAGAGAAAAGGCAGUUAAGGGAGAAUGGAGUCUAUUCCGGUUUUGAUGCUUGA